AUGGUUUUGCAAGUAGAGUCGAGCCCGCUGGGCGUACAGGUGGUUCCGAAUCGGCGAGUAUCCAACGUCGACUACAUUCCUACCCUGGAUGGCCAGAUCAUUCGACAGACGUCUAAGAUACACCAACCGUCACCAGGACACAAAAAGCAAUGGGGCAGAGUAAAAAACGUAGCUCAAAUUUGGAACGAGCAACAGAGCGGCGACGACCAGAGCGACACUGCCGAUGAGCAGCCGAAAAAGUCGUUCGGCGUCAACGAUUUUCAACGGACCGCGCGGCUAUUGAUGAAGUCCCGCAGAGUCGUCGAGAAAAUGAAGACGCAAUACAACGCUCAGGUUAUUGAGCGCCUGAAGCAGCGAGAGGUACGACACAGUCUCGAUUUAUCGGAGUUUGGUCAUUAUACAGACCCGGAUAUGUUCAGUAAUUACAAUUUAAAAGCCAUCCACGAAAGAAAAUGGCGAAAGAAGCAGCUCAAGAUUGCAGUCUUGCAGGGGAAGUUCUUGAACGAACUACCGGAACUUAGGGAAGCCUCCGUGAAAGAUCGUUUGCAUUCUAAAAUUCUGGCCUUGGAGAAAAUAAAAACUUCAAAAUAUAUCAAGGAUAUAGGGAACGACAUUAUAGAGAAUGCGUCGAUGGCUGCGCCGUCUAGCGAGUCCCAGGAGCCUUUUACCAGACGACAAAGAAGACUGCGACAGAGCAUCGACAUGUCGGUAAUUUCAAACUACGAUCGCUUGCUACACGAGACAACAGACUCGGAAGUGUUCCCGGAUGUGGAAAUAACGCUCAAUGACGUAGAUCGGCUAUUGGCGGUGUCGAAGAGCCGGGUGCGCAUAGAGGAAGAAAUGAACUUGCCUGCCGACCGCCGGGAGCGGCUCUCCUUGCUGAAAACGAACGUGGAGAAGAUUAACGGAAAGUUUCGGAAAUUACUGAAUGGGAACCGUACCGAGGCGGGGCACAAGGCGGCGGCUACGCUAGAGGAGGAUGUUCCGUACUACGCACCGUCGCGAUUCGAUCAGACAGGGAUGGCGCUACAAUUCUUUCGGAAAUAUGCCCGAAUCGUCGUCAUUGUCACCCAAUGGAUAACGAUGAUCAUGACCAAGCGAUACGACUUCGAGAAGGAGCUGAAAUCGUUCGUGGACAUUGCCAACGACGUUGAGGAGAAGGCCAUCGCGACCACCAUGAAUGAGUUCGGGCUCUCGUUCGACAAGAAGUUCUUCAAGGCAAAUAGGGAGAUUACCCUGAGCUCUGAACACAGGAAGAUUCUGACGACGCGCUGGCAAUCUAGAACCCCCCACAUGAUCAAACAGGUGAUGAAUGGCCUGCAGUCGCUGAGGUCGCUGACCGAGUAUCCCCUGCAGACCCAGGAGAAACUCUGCAAGGUGGCCUGGUAUCAGACGAUCGAGGCGAAGAAGCUGAUAGUGCGACAAGGUCAUCACGCGGAGUCCUUCUAUUUUAUUAUAUCAGGCACAGCGUUCGUGAAGAAGAUGAUUCAGGACCCAGUGACCGGCGAGCCCAAUGUCCAGGUGGCGGCUAGACUCACAAGGGGACACAGCUUCGGGGAGAUCGGCCUGCUGUUCGACACGCUGCGCACGGCGACGGUGGAGAGCGCGACGCCCAUGGAGCUGCUCGUGAUCGGCAAAGAGGAUUUCGUACGCAUCUUCAUGAAGGCCGACAAUCCAGACGAGGAGCCGGAUCAUAUCCAGUUCAUCAAAAAAAUCCCGUUCAUGUCGACGUGGCCACUUGAUGUACUGAAGCUCGAGGCUGGGGCUUGUCUUACCCAUUACUUCAAACGUGGCAGUCUAAUUACCGACAAUGACCGGCAUAGUGAAUGGAUCUACUUUAUUAUGACUGGAACAUGCGAAGUGUUAAAGAAACUCAAGGCUGUGAAACCACGUGACCCAAGGGAGCUGCGGCCCCGAGUUGAUCUCAUGUCUGACGUCAUCUUACCGGAAAUUGCGAUGGCUAACACGCAACCGAAAAUCAAUAGCGGCAAAACCCGGCACAACAAGCGGACGAUCCACCCAGAGGUGUUCCAGGACAUGACGAAUUUCUAUGACUCCCUUCGGCGGAGAUACACGCCCGACCCUAUUUCCGUGGAGAGCCCUUCUAAGGACCUUACAGACCUACCCGAGUCCCUCCCAAGGCUCUUCAUACGUACCGCAUCGACCCGGAAGUUCUCCCUAGGGGAGAAGGGUGGUCCAAGAAAGGUCCGCUUCAAGGAAGACCACACCGUUACUCUCGACACCGACGACGCUGACGACGAAGAGGAGGAGGAGGAAAUCAAGUUCGUGCCUCUUCCGCCCAGCCAAAAGGAGAGGCCGUCCUCCAGAGCUAAACUGGACGAAUCGACUUCGAAAUUGCGGCCCCAGAGCUUUAGAGUGCCAUCUCGUGAGAAACUGCACGCCGAGUACCGGCCUGUUUCCCAGAAUACGUCAUACUCGACGUCAAGCGCACCUGCCGGUGACGUGUUCGUUCAGGUGGAGGUCCUAUAUCCUAAGGACUGCUUUGGUCUGAACACGCUCAAGUACGUGAUGGACGCGGACGAUGUGGUGUUUGAUGUGGACGGCGGCGUGGACUCGCCCAUCUUGUCGUUGGUGAGCCGUGGAGCGGAAGUGAUCAUGCUCUCCAAGAAAGUGCUCCUAAAGUACGCUGACCAGCGCUGCAAGCUGCGCAUCCGUGACAUCAUCAAGGUGUACCCGGCGGAGGACACCAUGCAGGAGAGCAUGCAGCUAGAGGCGGACUGGUCGGCAUACAAGGAAAACGUGAUGGCCGCGUACAUGAGCACUCGGCUCAACUCAGUUUAGCGGAACGGAUUCCCUGUGUUUGUUGUCAUCGGUAGCUUGGACUCGGUAGCUUUAUGUAUUAACAAUAUUACCAUAUACAUGUACAGUAUCAGGCAGUUGAUCACUGCUGUAUAUCAGCCAGUACACAAGUUGCUACUGUUGUUUAGGCAGGUGGCUACUGUUGUUUAGACAGGUGACUACUGUCGUUUAGACAGGUGACUACUGUUGUUAAGGCAGGUAACUACUGUUGUUUAGGCAGGUGGCUACUGUUGUUUAGGCAGGUGGCUACUGUUGUUUAGACAGGUGACUACUGUGGUUUAGACAGGUGACUACUGUUGUUUAUGCAGGUGGCCUCUUUUGUUUAGACAGGUGGCUACUGUUGUUUAGGCAGGUGGCUACUGUUGUUUAGGCAGGUGGCUACUGUUGUUUAGACAGGUGACUACUGUUGUUUAGACAGGUGGCUACUGUUGUUUAGGCAGGUGGCAACUGUUGUUUAGGCAGGUGGCUACUGUUGUUUAGAUAGGUGACUACUGUUGUUCAGGCAGGUGACUACUGUUGUUUAGGCAGGUGGCUACUGUUGUUUAGACAGGUGACUACUGUCGUUUAGACGAGUGACUAUUGUUGUUUAGGCAGGUGGCUACUGUCGUUUAGGUAGGUGGUUACUGUUGUUUAGGCACGUUAACACUGUUGUUUAGGCAGGUUGCCAUUAUUGUUUAGGCAGAUGGCUACUGUUGUUUAGGCAGGUGGCCACUGUUAUUUAGGCAGGUUAAAACUGUUGUUUAGGCAGGUUAACCAUGUAGUUAAGGCAUGUGGCUAUUGAUGAUCAAGAAGGUGGCUACAGUCGUUUAUGCAGGUUAACACUGUUGUUUAGACAGGUGGCUAAAGUCGUUAAGGCAGGUUAACACUGUUGUUAAGGCAGGUGGCUUUUGGCGUUUAAGCAUGUGGCUACUGUCGUUAAGGCAGGUGGCUACUGUUGUCUAGGCAGGUGGCUACAGUCGUUUACUGAAAUCUCAAAUAAACAUAUAUAGUACGUGUGAAGAAAUCUCGAAAACGUAUGAAGACUUGUUUUCGUGAUUACAGCGAAUAAACACUACAAUACGAUAUGACUAAAGAAGUUCCUGCUUGAGUUUUAGUAAGAUGAAGUCUUUGUUGAAUUCUUUUGUAUAUUUAUAUUUUUCGCUAUUUGUAUUACGUUUCAACAUAUUCUGUUUGUUUUGUUUAAUUUGAUU